GUGAGCUGCCUGUGGUUUCCCUCGCGGUGCAACACACUAUUUAACUCUACUAGCUACUUCUCAUCAUGUAAGUGAGGUCGGCGUCUCUGCCAUGAGUGGAUGAAGGGCAAGGAGUUUGCUGUUCCUGAGGUUCGUGUUUCUGCUCUGAAACUGACUCCAUUCCUGCAGCUCAGAAGGCCCAUCUGUGCCCAGCCAAGCACACAGCAGCAGUAGACUGACCUUAACUAUCAUGCCUGGGCGGCUCUCUGCUGUGGCCGUGCUCUUCCUGUCCCUGGCUGUGAUUUUACAUGGCUAUCAAAUAAGAGAAAAAGAAUUUCCAAAAAGCAGAGACUAUCUUCAAUAUACCUCAACAGUCACAGGACAGACCACAGCAAAACCUCUCCUACAGCUGGUUAACCAAACACAUCGUGUAACUUUAGCAGCAAGAUCAAGGGAUGGUCACAUUCAAAUGUCUGUUGAAGACUCCACCCCUGAAAACAUAGCUCACACAACAACCAAAGCAAUAAUCCCAGUAACUACAAAACGCCUUCUACCCAGCAUCCCAGUUAACUAUACCUUUGUUACACCUAAUAACUCACACGUGGCUACAUUAUCUACUGAAGGUACCAUUGGCCCUAGCUCAGUUGCACAUUUACCAGUUCAUACAACUGGAACUAGUCUAUCCACUGUCAACAAUAUAACUGGGAGAACUCCCCAACUUGGUGGUCAGACUACCUUCCACCAAACAUUUUUCACAGCAUUACACAAAACCACAACCAAUCAGAAGCCAACUCCACCCACCUAUGUUCCAGGAGCAUCAGUACCUACACACAAGGUCAGCUUUGAAUCUUCACCUGCCCCCAUAGUUCCUGGGCCCACACUGGCAACCCAGUUAUCACCAGCCAAGACGGGAACAUAUGAAGUCCUAAAUGGAAGCAGGCUCUGUAUAAAAGCAGAGAUGGGACUAGAACUGAUUGUUCAAGAAAAGGAUUUGGAUUUUGCAACUCAGAGACACUUCAACAUUGACCCCAGCCUAACCCAUGCAUCCGGGAAAUGUGGCUCCCAAAAAUCCAACCUCUUCUUGGAUUUCCAAGGUGGAUCAGUGAAUAUUACAUUCAUCAAGGAAGAAAACUCAUAUUAUGUCAGUGAAGUGGGAGCAUAUUUGACUGUCUCAAAUACAGAGAGGACUUAUCAGGGAAUGAAGCACAGGAUGGUGAUGUUUGAGACGGUUGUUGGGCAUUCCUUCAAGUGUGUGAGUGAGCAGAGCAUCCAGCUGUCAGCACAGCUUCAGAUGAAGACAAGGAACAUCCGUCUCCAAGCCUUUGAUUUCGAAGGAGACUGCUUUGGAAAUGUGGAUGAGUGUUUGUCUGACUACACAGUUGUGCUUCCUGUGAUCGGGGCCAUCGUGGUCGUCCUCUGUGUUGUGGGUCUGGCUGUCUACACAAUCCGUCAAAGGCACCAGUCAUUGGGAUACCAGAGAAUCUAAUUUAUAAUCAAAUGAAAUGGGAAUAAUGGUGUUUAGAAAAAAAUUCCAGUAUUUCCAGAAUGUGGGAGACCUCUCUUAUUCACUAACAUCUACUAAAACCAAUUGAGUGAUUAAUGAUUAAAAUUAAAACAGCAUAUCAAUUCUGAAUAUUUUUGCUCAUCUUAUCAAAGACUAAGGAAGAUAUUUAAGAGUAUUUUCUAGCUUAUGUUGGAAAAUUUUAACAAUUCAAAUGAAUAUUUGAGAUACAUUGAAUCAACAUAAUGUGCAAAAGUGGCAGGCAUUUACAAAUUAUAAACCAAAAUAAUUGAUUUUAAUUAGUACUACCUGUGUUUGCCUAGAGAAAUUCAUUUUAACAUUAAUACUUUCAUUUAAAAUAAUUUCAAUGGAUUUUCUUACCAUCUGUGUUUAUUUGAAUCAUGUGUGUCUGAUAUGGUCCUUACCUCCCUUUCCAUUUAGAUGUUUUUAGUUAUCAAAAAGAACAACAUAUUUCAUAUUACUUAGAUUUUUUACAUGAAAACAAUGAACUUUUUCUUCAUGAUUCUUGAUUCAUAAUUAAUAGAGACUAAUGAUGAGGGAUGCCCUUCUGUAUGCUGUGAAUAUAUAUUUCUCUUACUGGUUGAUAUAUAAAGCUGUUUUGACCAAUGGAUAGUCAAAAUUUGGCUAGACAGGAAUUCCAAACAAAGAGGCAGGGAAAGAAAGACAAAAGACAGAUGCCAUGUAGCCAGGGAGGCAAGAUCCCAGGGUUAGCAACAGCCACGUAAAAAUACACAAAUUAAUAGAAAUGGGUUAAUAAGCAAGAGAGAGCCAGCGAGUAAGAAGCCUAAGUCAAUGGGCAAAUAGUUAUGAGUAUGUAUUAAGUCUCUGAACAGUUAUUUCUUAAUUGGCUGCAGGACCCAAUGGGUGGGGAGAAAUCCAGUCCAGUGGGGCUGAGAUAGAUGGAAAAAAUGUCCUUUUACAUUCUGGCAGCGCAAUGUGGGGCUCUCCAGUUUCCACAUAAGACUUAAAAGAGCUUAGGAAAAGAGAGGGGGAAUAUUGUAAUGCAUAAAUGGGGCCAAGAACAGCCUCCUGAUUCUGACUCUCAUGCUGGUCCCGGUACACAGACAUCAUGGCAUUCUGGCUUGAGCACAACAUGGCAGAUUCAUGCCACCAGAGUCUUCUAGUUGCAAUGCACUGCAUAGAAGAUUAGCUUUUACUCAGAAAAAAAGUUUCUGGGCUGGCUGCAUGCUACCUGAUAGCAGCAUUGGGGAAGGGAGCCUAAUGCUUGUUGUUGCCCUGCCAUGUUUGAAAUCCAAACAGGCAGGCAGCUGCUUUAGCCCUAGCCAUGCCUGCUUAACAUUUUAAAAACACUGUUGGUCAUAAAAGGAUUUUUAGAUACACAAUAAGGACAGAUUCAGACAAAAAAGAUUUCUAAACAGGUCACGAGGUGUUUAAAGAUGUACAUAAGUUUGAAAGAGAGAGAGAAAAAGGAAAAAGACAGUUGCAGAUUAAAAAAAUAAUAGGUCCUUAAAAAGAAAUAAAUUAAUAUAAGCCAUGUAAAGAUGGAAAAUAAAGCAUCUGGAUUAUGUACAUUA